UACAAUUGAGCCUUCUACGCGAGUCAGUAACGAUCUGACAUGGGCAACAACGCAACAGGCGAGGCAUGACACGUCCAAGCGACGAGAACACACGAACGCGUGCAAGGACGAUUCGGGGACGAGCCUGAGGAAUCGAGGAAUAGUUCGCGUGCCCUUUGAGUUGGAGCAAAGGACCCCGCCCCGCCCUCUCUCGAGACCUCUAAAGUUAAGUUUUUUUCUUCGUGUUCUUUCUUUUUUUUCUUUUUUUUUUGUUUCUCUUGCAGCAGCCCCGCAGCAUCUCAAAAGCUAGAGACUCCCCCGGCAAUCAAGCAACGGCAGCAAUCAGAUGCGUCAACACGAAGGACAGAAUCGAUCAAAGCGAAGAAAAAAAGGCGAAGAAAAUCGAGCGAGAGUCGCCCGGGAAACUAAAGUUUCUCCGUGGGAUCAACGAAGUGUCAACCGGGGGUCUGAUCCUCCGCGCCACGUGGCGCGAUGGCGAGCGUUGGAUGGGAACAUGAAGCAUUCCCGACGAGAUAAAAAUAAAAGGCGGUAAGGAAAUAAAAAAGUGAAAAAAAACUUCCAGGUCCUUCCAACACAACACGCAUAGCAUAUCGCAUCGCAGGGAGAAAUGUUUUACCCCGCCGGGUUACGCGGGUAAAGAAAGUCCAAGGUCUAAAAUCUUUGGCGAGAAUCUUUCCGGGUUAGAAAAUCAAAUUUUAGGGAGUUGGGGAAAAUCGACCCACAUUUACCUACUUUAAACUCUCGCGAUAGGACGCAAGAGAAAAAGAAAAAUUAGGAUGAGAGAAAGAGGAAGAGGGUUGGAUCGAAGGAGAAGGCGCCGGCCCUCGUAGAGCUCGGUCAGUCUUCUCGGGCUCUCGCGAUCCAUCGGGCAGUCCGAGAAGAAGGAAGAAAGAGAGGGAAAGGGAUAGAAGAAGGAGCUCAAGAAGAAGCCCAGCUAUGGAGUCAACAUAGGCGACGCGAAAGCGAGCAAAGCAACGAAUCGCUACUUCCUCGACAGGUUCUUUGCUUGUUCUUCCUCUUUGAUCCUCAUCGCCGGCGGCACGCGUGUGUCUUGAGCGUUUUUCCCCGAGAGAUUCGAGAAUGGGCAGUGGGAUAUGGAUUCUUCUGUGGAGAACUAGCGGCGGCCUUGGCUCUCACUCGCUCCUCUCCAAUCCCACUUGAGGGAGAGGUACCAAGAGGGUUUGCUCGAGCGAGCGACCUAUGGUGGAAGACGAGCUGGAUAGAUAGGUAGCGAUAGGAACAAAGAUUUCUUUCUUGGCAGCCAAGGAGGAAGGAUAGAUAGGGGAUAGAUCAUGGGGUGCACUGGAUCCAAGGUCCAGAACGAGGCCGGGAUUUCGCGCUGCCGGGCACGCAAGCGCACGAUCAAGCACGCGGUGCGAUGGCGCAACCAGUACGCGCUCGCCCACACCGACUACCUGGCGUCGCUCAAGAACCUUGGCGGCGCAUUCAAGCAGUUCACGGAUGGCGAGUUCCGGGACCAGCUCUCCUCCGCCUCCUCCUCCUCCGCCUCGGCCUCCUCCGCCUCCUCCACGCCCGUGCCGGCCACGCCCACCACGCCGCCGCUCAAGAACAGCAAGAAGCCCGAGGACGAGGAGGACUUCUUCGUGGAGGAGAUCGUCCGGCGCGUCAAGCUCCGCCCCAUGGCGCUGCGCAGCAAGCCCGCGGAUCCCAUCACGGUGGUGCUGCCCAAGCGCGGCGGGGACGACGACGACGCCUACCAGCGCUACAUGGAGGCGGAUGCACCGCCAGAUGGGCUGUACAGUGACAUCCCCCAGCCCGGCAAGCCGCGCGGUACUGCCGGCGGUACGUCCUCCGCCUCGGUCGCCUCGGCCUAUCCCGUCUCGGACAACUCGGACUACUACUCGGGCUACAAUUCGGCGUAUAUGAUGCAGCAGCCAGACUCGGCGCCGUCGUGGGACAUCUUCGGGAUCUUCGCGGUGCCGUCGAUGAUGCAUCCGUUCCAGCAGGUGGUGGAGGAGGACGAGGAGGAGCUCAAGCGGGCCAUGGAGGAGGAGGACAUUCCUGCAUUGGAGAUGGCGUCACCGCCGCACAGGCGGCGCGAGGAGUCACCGCCGCACAGGCGGCGCGAGGAGUCGCCGCCGCCGUCGGCCAAGGCCAAGAAGAAGAAAGUUGCCGAGGAGGAGGAGGAGCGGGAGGAGGCGGCGAGGAAGAAGGCCGAGGCCGUGGAGAAGGAAGGGAAGCUGGAGAAGGCGAAGAAGAAGGUGGUGGAGGAGGUGGAGAAAGUGGUGGAGAAAGUGGAGAGAUUGGUGGAGAGGGCCGAGAAGGGGACGCAGACGCACAAGCCGGAGAAGAAAGACAAGCAGAAGGAGAUCGUGGUGGAGGAGGAGCCCGAGAUGGACGUGGCGGAGGAGCCGCCGCCGGAGAAGUUUAAGUUCCACCACCCGAAAGAAGAAGACCAAGAACACGAUCGCCACCACCACCAUGAAGCUGCUCGAGACAUGGCCUCGAGCUCUGGAACUUCCGGGGACGAUAUCAACUUCAAGAUCGAGACGGAGGGGUACAAGAAGCUCGCGGAGGCGACCAAGAGCUUGUACGAGGAGGACGAGGCGUCGACGUCUUACAAGGAGACGGACGUGGAGGCGGAGGCUCCCCCGCCGCCACCGCCGCCUCUCGCGUCGCUGGGGCCGAAAAAGGACCGGGAGCUGUGGGACGUGCUCCGGGGGAUCGAGAAGGAGCUUUUCAAGGCGUCCAGCUUCGGAUCGGAUGUUUCUCGGCUCCUGGAGGCACGGAAGAAUCACAGUCAUAGUUUCUUGGAUACUCGAGGACUGACUGAGCGGUCUGCCAGAAUCUUCCGUGCGAUGUCACGGUCGCAGUUCUCGCCGAGGUCUCAUUUCUCGUGGAGCGAGGACUCGUCCAGCGACGACUUUGCCGGCAGCGUCUCGACGAAAGGUGGUGGCGGCGGCGGCAGCGGCCAUGCGACGACGCUGGACAAGCUCUACGCGUGGGAGAAGAAGCUGUACGUGGAGGUAAAGGAAAAUGAUUCCAUCAGCGCAGAGUUUGAGCGCAAGUGCAAGCUGCUCAAGAAGCUGGACGCGCGCGGGGCGAGGGACGAGGCCAUCGACAAGACCCGCGUCGCCAUCAAGAUGCUGGAGACGCAAAUGCAAGUGUCCAUGCAGGCCAUGAAGGCCACGUCCCAGUCGAUCCAGGAGGUCACCGACCGGGAGCUCUUCCAACAGCUCAAAGAGCUGCUCGAAGCGACCAUGAUCAUGUGGAAGAACAUGGACGCUUGCCACCAGCGGCAGAAGAACGAGGCCAACCGGCUCAAGGGGGCCGGGAGCUCGCCGCUGGAGGCGACGAGCAACUCGCAUAAGCAGGCGACGGUCCAGCUCGAGGUGGCGCUCAACGAGUGGCAGCGGGGGCUGGCGUCGCUGGUGACCAAGCAGAAGGAGUACCUGCGCAACUUGAACUCGUGGCUGCGGCUCAGCAUCUACACGCCAGACCGGAAGUCGGACAGGCGGCCCCCCGUGCAGGCGCUGUGCCAGGCCUGGACCGACGCGCUCGAGCGGCUGCAGGAGCAGGAGCUGGUGGAGGCGAUCAAGAGCUUCGCGGAGAAGAUCCACAACAUUGUCCGGCAGCAGGAGGACGAGACGCGGGCGCAGAAGCGGGCCGAGUCCAUGGCCAAGGAGCUGAGCAAGAAGUCGUUGGCGCUCAACAACUUGGAGAAGAAGCUGGCGGCGGAGACCAACACCACGCCGGAGGAGACGCUCAAGGAGAAGAGGGACGCGCUGCAGGAGAAGAGGGACGCGCUGGAGGCGUUCCGGCAGAGGGUGGAUGAGGAGAGGGACGGGUUCACGCGGGCGAUGCAGAUCACGCGCAAGAUGACGGUGGGGAUCCUGGAGAUGGACUUGCCGGUGGUGUUCAGCCGGCUGGCCGAGUUUAGCAGCGCCUGCUCCCACUGCUACCGCGAGCUUGAGCACAAGUCACGCAACAACGAGCUCGACACGACGGAGUGAGGAUAUAAAACUUCAGCUUCUUCCCGGAGGCUCUCUCUUUCGGAUGGAUACGGAAGCUCCAUUCCCAUAUCUUCGAGGCCGCGCGGCUCGAGAUCCAGGAGAGGCCGUGAGAGGGAAAAGGUGGCGCAGGGGGAAAGGCUUUGAAAGCUUUGUGCUUUGAGAGAGGGGGAGGGAGAUAUUCUCUCCCACACGCCAAGCAAAGCAAGGCAAAGCAACGCAAGGCAAGGCGAGCAGAAAGAAGCUUUUUUGUCACUCGGGCUGUGAAGAGGGCAACGAAGCCAGGCUAAAGUGAGGUUGAGUACAAAGCUUGGAACAAACAAGGUGACAAAAGCAGCCGAGAUUCCUGCCAGGGACGGGGCUUGCAUGCGCGGACCUGGCGAUUUUUCUGCGGUGGGAUCCUCCUCUCUACUACUGGACGAAUUCGAAGAGCUCUGGAUCAAAAGCAGGAAGAGAUGGAGCGAUGGAGGAACGAAAAAAGUGACAGGCAAGCUGGCUGGCUCUGGCUAUGGAGGAGGGGGGCCAUUUUCGUUUGUUUGUUUCGUAGCUUUAGUGGUGGUACUACACACUCUCGAACUCACUCAUGCUAACCCCAUUCAUCGUUUUCAGCUGAUCUGAGCGGAGGUUUUUCUGUUUUUUUUUUUGCUGUUCUUCUCAUUCUCUUCUCUUCUCUUCUUGGGGAUUUGGUGCUGCUAGCGACGGGAGCUCUCGCUCGAUCUCUAACACCAUUCGUUACCGAGUGGCCGCGGUGGGGCUGGUUGUACAGUGGAAGAUUACAAUGUGGUUUUUGCCAAGCUCUGGAUCAUGGGAAUAAAACGAAAGUUUUUGCAAAAAGACCAA